UUCCGGGAGGCCACUUUGGGGAAGUGUCUGCAUGUGUGCUUCCGUCGGCUUCCUGGCCGCUUCCUCAGCCUCCAGGACCACGGGGCUGAAGUAGUGGGCACCGAACGGGGGGCUGGCAGCCCACGGGUCGUUGGGCCCGGCAGUCUCUAGACAUGGACCGGGAUCUUCUGCGGCAGUCACUGAAUUUCCACGGGCCGUCAUUGCUCUCCCUGCUCCGGAGCGAACAGCAGGACAAUCCGCACUUCCGGAGCCUUCUGGGGUCGGUGGCCGAGCCUACCCGGGGCCCGCCGCCCCAGCAGUCGUUGCAGGGCAGAAAAGAGAAAAGAGUUGACAACAUUGAGAUACAAAAAUUCAUUUCCAAAAAAGCGGAUCUGCUUUUUGCACUCUCCUGGAAAUCAAAUACACCUACAACUUCUGAAGUUAAUGAAGACAGUGAAGAUCAUUAUGCAGUCAUGCCACCUUUAGAGCAAUUCAUGGAGAUACCUAGUGUGGACCGGAGAGAGCUGUUUUUUCGAGAUAUUGAGCGUGGUGAUAUAGUGAUUGGAAGAAUUAGUUCCAUUCGGGAAUUUGGGUUUUUCAUGGUGUUGAUUUGUUUAGGCAGUGGCAUUAUGAGAGAUAUAUCCCACUUAGAAAUCACAGCUCUAUGUCCACUAAGAGAUGUGCCUUCUCUCAGUAACCACGGGGAUCCUUUAUCAUAUUACCAAACUGGUGAUAUCAUUCGAGCUGCAAUCAAGGAUAUUGACAGAUAUCAUGAAAAGCUUGCAGUAUCUCUAUAUAGCUCAUCUCUUCCACCACACCUAUCUAGUAUUAAAUUAGGUGUAAUUAGUUCCGAAGAACUUCCUUUGCACUACAGGAGAAGCGUUGAACUAAAUAGCAAUUCUUUGGAAUCCUAUGAGAAUGUCAUGCAGAGUUCUUUGGGAUUUGUUAAUCCAGGAGUAGUAGAAUUCCUUUUAGGAAAACUAGGAAUAGAUGAAUCUAAUCCACCAUCUUUAAUGAGAGGACUACAAAGCAAAAAUUUCUCUGAAGAUGAUUUUGCUUCUGCAUUAAGAAAGAAGCAGUCUGCAUCUUGGGCUUUAAAAUGUGUGAAGAUUGGAGUUGAUUAUUUUAAGGUUGGACGCCAUGUGGAUGCUAUGAAUGAAUACAAUAAGGCUCUGGAAAUAGACAAACAAAAUGUGGAAGCUUUGGUAGCUCGUGGAGCAUUAUACGCAACAAAAGGAAGUCUGAACAAAGCAAUAGAAGAUUUUGAGCUUGCAUUGGAAAACUGUCCAACUCACAGGAAUGCAAGAAAAUACCUCUGCCAGACACUUGUAGAAAGAGGAGGGCAGUUAGAAGAAGAAGAAAAGUUUUUAAAUGCCGAAAGUUACUAUAAGAAAGCUUUGGCUUUGGAUGAAACUUUUAAAGAUGCAGAUGAUGCUUUGCAGAAGCUUCAUAAAUAUAUGCAGAAAUCUUUGGAAUUAAGAGAAAAACAAGCUGAAAAGGAAGAAAAGCAGAAAACAAAGAAAAUAGAAACAAGUGCAGAAAAGUUGCGUAAGCUCUUAAAAGAGGAGAAAAGGCUAAAGAAAAAAAGAAGAAAAUCAACUUCUUCCUCUUCAAGUGUUUCUUCUGCUGAUGAGUCAGUUUCUUCUUCAUCAUCCUCUUCCUCUUCUGGUCACAGAAGGCAUAAGAAACAUAAGAGGAACCGCUCAGAGUCUUCUCGAAGUUCCAAAAGGCAUUCAGCUAAGGCAUCCUCAAAUCAGAUAGAUCAGAAUAAGAAAGAUGAGUGCUUCCCAGUUCCAGCCAAUACUUCAGCAUCUUUUCUUAAUCAAAAACAAGAAGUGGAAAAACUACUGGAAAAGCAGGAUAGGUUACCAUAUCAAAAGAAACAGGUAAAAGAAAAAGAUAGAUGCCCUCUCUCUUCAUCUUCAGUUGAAAUUCCGGAUGAUUUUGGAGGUAGGUCUGAAGAUCCCAGAGAUUUUUAUAAUAGCUAUAAAACUCAGGCAGGUAGUAGCAAAACAGAAAAGCCAUAUAAAUCAGAAAGACAUUUUUCCAAUAGAAGAGAUUCCUCAGAUUCCUUUCAUAGGAAUUCAGAGGACAAGGUAAAAAUAUAUGGUUAUAGAAGAUUUGAAAAAGAUACAGAAGGAAGAAAAGAGCACUAUAGGAGGUGGGAGCCAGGUUCCAUGAAAUAUUCCACUUCACCAGCAAGUUCAGACUACUCUUGGAAGUCAGUUGAAAAAUACAAAAAAUACACUCAUUCUGGAUCACGUGAUUUCAGUAGACAUGAGCAAAGAUAUCAGUUAAAUAAAAAUCAAGGAGAAUGUGAAAGAGAGAGUAAUUAUGAGGAGGAUGUUAAAACAGAGGUUCCAGAAGAGGGACAGUCAGAAAGUGGAGUUAAAAAAAAUUUACCUCAAAAUUUACUCAAUAUAUUUAAUCAGAUAGCUGCAUUUGAGAAAGAAAAAGGAAGUAAGCCAAAAAAUUAAUAUGCUAAGGGGAUUAGCACCAUUACACUAAAGGCUCUAAAUAAAAGGUUUGGGUCUUUUAGUAAUAACAGUCCAGUGCAGAAAUCUCUGCUCCUGCGGUUAUUUUAUUUGUAGAGAUUACAGAAAUCAAAUACUUUUUGUAGCAAUCCUCAAAGUAUAUUUGUUUCAGUUGUAGGUCUCCUUUUCAUAGCUUCAUGUGUUUGUUUAUAUACAGUUAUUUCUUACUCUGAUGACUUAAAUUUCUUCAUCUAAAGAUAACUCAAAGUAUUGUUUCUUGAUUGUAUUACGUGUGUGAGAAUUCCCUGGGUCCACCUUAUCCUGAUGUUUGAGAGAGUAUUAAAUUUGUGCAUUGAACACUUGGAUCGUUUUUAUCAAAAAUUAUUUCAUUCUCUCCUCUGUUAAAAGCUCUUGACUUUUGAAAGAGAUAUAUUUGAAUGUUCCUUAAGUACCAUUCUAUAUUCAUUAUUUGUUUAAAUGUUAAGUUUUUUGCAUAACUUCUAUUUUAAAACAGUAGACAGAUUAUCUGUCUUGUCUAAUUGACCUCUAAAGCCUGAUUUAAUUUAAAUGGUUUAUGUACCAGCUAUUUAACAAGUACCUUAGGAAUAAAGCCAUGAAAGUUCAA